UGCGCUGAAGGGGAUCGGGGUGAUCCAUACUGAUGUCAAACAAGACAACAUCAUGAUAGUGAACCGCUUCCGACAACCCUUUGAAGUGAAGCUGAUAGACUUCGGGGUGUCCGUUCUCACAUCAGAGGCCAAGACCAUCAAACCUCGAGUAGCUGCAUUCACGGCCCCGGAAACUUAUUUGGGCGGUGAAUUUAAUGAGGCCAUUGAUAUGUGGUCCCUGGGCUGUGCCAUGUUCGAGAUGAUCUAUGGUUGUAACCUGUUCGCAGGAGAGGGUCACUAUGAAACAGUACGUCUUCUACUAUAGUCAGACAAUUUGUCAGGGCGGGUCAUUACUUUGCCCUCAUGGGAACAAUAUUUUGCUUGCUCUUGGAUAUACUGAUGUAAUUCUCUGUUUAAUCUCCAGAUGCUGGAAAUUGUGGAAUUCUUUGGCAAGCCAGCGGACCAUCUUCUUGAACAGAGCCCCCAGGCAAAGCUUUACUUCACAAAAACUGACAAAGGAGUUUGGAGGAUCAAGACUCCUUUGGAAUUUUUCAAACGGCGCCGUAGUCUAACCAGGAACAAACACGGGUUGAAAUGUCUGGAUGAACUGAAAGCAGUGCGUCUGGAGGAAGAUAACAAGACUGAGGCUGUUGAGCGAGCGCAGUGCAUCAAGCUCCUGAAGGCCAUGCUGGCCUUAGAUGCAGAUAAGAGGAUCACUUCCCGUGAAGUCCUCUCUCACCCAUUCAUCACCAAAGUCUACCCAAAUGUCCAGACUUUAAGUGAGGACUUUGAAUGCAAGCCUCCUGCCACUGCCCUGGAUGAUGAAGACAGCAGUAACAUCCAGCCAGGCGACAGCACUCUAUCUCCGGAAAUUAGUUCAGGAGGUGCAAUCCUGGUUUGACCCCACAGUUCAGCCGAGA